UUAACCUCUAUUUUGGCUUUUGUAGUGUCUUAAACUAACCUCACAAAUAUCAGUGCAGUAUUGAAAUAGUAUUUGAAAAUUAUCACCAUGGAAGAGGAACACGUGGAAGAUGAAAAAAGUAAUAUAAAUAACGAUGUCGGAAGUUUAAAAAUAAAACAUUCAAUUUUGGACAACUUCAGAAAACUUACUAAAAUUAAAGAAAAAGUGCGAAUCAAAGCAAGUACCAGUUUAGUGAAUUAUUUGAUAGAAAAUCAAAAGAAUGAAACCGAAUUUAAAUACGCUUUGGGGAGGAUAAUAAGAGGUCUUGGUUCUUCCACAGUCAGUGCAAAAAGUGGAUUUUAUGCUACAUUGAUGCCCUUAAUUAACUUUUCGGAUAUAACUGUAGAGCAGAUCUUCGAAUUUGUUGAAAAAGAACUUCACACAGGGACAGGCAACUCCAAAAGUGAAAAUGCUGACGUAUCCAUGGGAAGCAUUUUGGUUUGCACAGCAAUAGUAAGAUCGGGUCUGUUCAUGAAAAGUUCUGAUGAGGACAAGAAGAAAAUCAUAGAAUGUAUUUUGCAUGCUGGAAAUGAAAGAAGUUACUUGAUGUGUCCAGCAAUUGAGCUUCUUUUGGAAAUAGAUGAAAAAAUAAACAAAGAUAUUUUUCAAUAUCUAUUACUGCCCAUUACCAAACCACUAAUUGAAAAACCAUUUUCCGAUUAUACUUUAGAUACUUUCUACUAUUUAAUAGUAUUAACAAAUAAGUAUCCUAAGCUCAUUGGAAGGGAAAUUCUAAAGAAAAUUGCAAACAGUUCAAUCUUGAUAACCGAAAGUAAUCUUGAAAAUUUUUCGAACAUAUUAAUGACCAUACCUAGAAUAACAUCAAUAAAGCACCCAGUUUAUGAAUUAUUUGGAAAGAUGCUUGUUAAAACUCAAUUUACCAUACCAUUUAUUCAUCUUAUGGACAAAGCCUUGUUAAAAUAUAACAGGAAUAAACACUUGAUUAUUAUCAAUUUCCUGACCAUACUACUAAAACAUAUUGAAAAUCAAAAUGAUCUUCCACAUCUUUUGGAAGAAAAUUUCAUUCAACAGACAAUAAAAGUAUUUCGACAACUUAGGGGUAUUGAGAAAGAUUAUGAAUUGAAGGAAUUUACUCAUAAUCUUUUUGAAAGUUUAGUUGAAGCAUUGAAGAAGGAGAAUGUUGAUGAUCAAACUAAAAUUUCCAUAUUGAAAAAAUUGCUGUUCUAUCCAGGAACAUUUAUUUUUGAGAAGAUUACAAAAAGUAAGGUUAUACAACAUAUAACAUUGACCUUAAAAAAUGAAGGUGUCAAAGAACUGGCCGCCAUAUAUAAAGAAGUGGUGAUGUUGGAGAAUGAAAAAUUCAACUUGAAUACUUCCGAAUUACUUCAAAAAAAUGAUAGAUUGUAUGCUGCAAAUUUAUUAGUUAAAUUGAUGUGCCAUCCAUCCGUCCAUGAAGAAAACAAAUGGAAGUGCGAACAGCUCAAGUUUCUCAUGAGUUUAGGACUUUUGAAACAGCCCCAAGUAGAAGAUGAACUAGCCAGUUCACUGAAAGAAACAUUUUUUAGAUCCUUGGACUUGAAACUGUCAAAAUUAGAAGACCUCCGCAUUAUACUAUUUGAAGUUUUCAACGAACUAGAUUCUUAUCUAACCAAAAAUUUAGAAAUGAGAUCUGAUCUUACUGAAGAGAUAAGUGAAACCUGGUCAAAAGCUAAGGAAAUUAUCAACAAGAUCCAAUCCAAGAAAACAAAAAAAAUUAAACUAGUUUUUGAAAUACUAUUUUUACAUUUAGGCCUGCAGCUUUUUAAUGAUGUGAAAUUGGCAAAAGAUUCAUUAGAAGAACUGUUCAGCUGCUAUGAAAGAAUGAAAAAAAAGAACAAUUCUGAAACUGAUCCUGCUUGGAUAGAGGUAGUUGUUGAAGUAUUUCUGAGCCUUUUGUCCCACAAUUCAUAUCUUCUAAGAAAGAUGGUCAACUGUGUAUUUCCACAUCUCUGUGAAUACUUGAAUGCCUCAGCUAUACAUCAAAUUAUAUCUGUUUUGGAUCCUAAUAGUGAGGACAAUCCACUAACAUACAAUGGAGAUGCUUCUGAUGAAGAUCUAUCUGAAGAUGAAGAAGACUCAGAUAAUGAAGAGGAAGAAGAAUGUGUGGAAGAGGAAGAACAAAAUGAUGAUGAUGAUGAUUGCAGUGAAGAAGAAGAAGAAGCAGUAGACGAAACUAAAACGGAUAAGUUGAGAAAAGCUCUUCAGAUUGCUCUGACACAGAAUAUGGAUAAUGAAGAUGAGAGUGAUAUUGAUUUAGAUCAGAUAGAUGAUGAACAGGGAGAGAAAUUGAAUCAAGUUUUAGGACAAGUUUUCAAAGAAUUCAGAUCAAAUUUCAGAAAGCAUAAAAAACAAAGCAAGAAUGACGAAAUUACAACCCAUUUCAGGAUAAGAGUCCUUGAUUUGAUUGAAAUAUACAUAGAUUCCAGCCCUUCAAUGAUAUCAACAUUGGAAAUAAUGGUUUCAUUGCUGCAUCUUCUAGAAUUCAGCAUAAAAGAUACUCAUCAAAAACCUUUGCAAGAUCGUGUGAGACAUUGUUUGAGGAAAAUGUCUGCACUGAAAAAAUUCAGUGAUAUUGCUGAAGUAUCAGAUAACACAUUGUGUGAAUUCUUGGAAAAUCUUUUACUGAAAGAAACAAGAACCUCAGUUAUCCUUCAGAUGAUGGGAAAUGAAAUUGCUCAAUGCUGUGUAUUUAUAAUUAAUUGUUCAAAGAUUUUGGUGAAUGAUGAAAACACUCCUAAAAAGAUGAAAAAACACCUGAAUCAGAAUAUCACCAAUAUCAUAACAAGUUCCUCAAAUAACUAUUUAACAAAGAGAAAUUGUCAUUUACCUAAUGUGAUAUUCAAACAGAUACUACAAUGUAAUUGGAAUGGAAACAUUGAAUUGAUGAAAUUUUUACUUCCUGUUAUAUUUGACGAAAAUAUUAAACCAUUCAAAAAGAAUGAAGCAGUAGAUUGGAUAAAAAUUUGUUAUAGUAAUCAUAGACUGUUAUUAACAUGCGAAAAUGAGUUAAAGGAAGACUUUGAAAAGAUUACUGAAGAAUUUUUAGAUAAAUGCUUACAAUUUUUCAAAAACUUAAUUGAAAUUAGUGAUAAUAAUGUGAGGGAGAAAUUCUUAUCAUUUCUUUUCCAACUUUUAGCAACCAUCAAACAGAGUCCUUUACAAAUCAAAACAUUUGAUUGGACAUGCUUAGGUGAUAAAAUCAGAGAAUAUAGAAACUGUACUAAAAUAAAUCCAGAUACAAAAAAAUCUUACAAUAAAUUAUUAGUACAACUUGGAAUUUCAAAUAAGAUUGAAACAAAACCGUCAGUUAUUGAAUUUUCUGAUAAAGAUAAAAAAUAUUCUGAAACCAAUGGCGAUUGUAGAAUAGAAGUAAAUUCGAAAAAAAGAAAAAUGCUGAACCAUGAAAGUAAAAAAAAGAAGAAAUUAAAAACAUGAACUGUUGAAUUGUAAAAAUGUUUAUUUUUUGGAAACUCAAUUUUUUCUACAAAAUUUACCUCAAUAGAUGUUUGAUCAAUCUGCUUCAUCUGACAUCUGAAAAAUGUUGAAUAUUAUAUUAUGUAAAUUGGUAAUUUCCAAAAAUUUACCUCAGAAGAAAUGUUUCCAAACAAGUGAAGUUCUAAAAAAUAAAAUAAUUUUUCACUUGAUAAUUUUUGUUAAUAAAGUAUUUAUACAUAA